UGAAGAUGCCUCAACAACCCAAGCUGUCUCCUGAUUCUCAGCCGAUUACUAUCACGCAAGAUCUGUUAAUCCUGAACAAACUCAUCCAGCCCAAAUGGCCCCCUCAACCAUUAUCCUGAUCACUGGCGCCAACGUCGGCGUCGGCUUCGCGUCCGCCAAGGUCAUCGCCAGCGCCUCGGACAAGUACCACGUCUUCGUGACGGGGCGCAGCCUCGAAAAGGCCCAGAACGCCGUCGCCAAGCUCGAGGCGACGGGCGAGCUCAAGGGCACCGUCUCGCCGCUGCAGCUCGACGUGACGGACCUCGCGUCGGUCGACGCGGCGGUCGCGGCGGUGGACGCCAAGUUUGGCCGCCUCGACGUGCUCGUCAACAACGGCGCGCUGGGCUUCAUCAAGAACGAGGCUGGCGAGGUCGACGCCGGCGCCGGCAUCGAGGAAGUCUUCCGCGUCGUGCUCGCCACCAAUGUCGCGGGGCCCUACACGGCAUCGCGCAGGUUCAGGCCCCUGCUCGCGAGGUCGGCGGACCCGCGCAUCGUCCACGUCUCGAGCGUCAUGGGCUCCAUCGCCAGCACGCCGGCCAUGGCCGAAGGGUACAAGCGCUUUGGCGAGUCCGGGAUCCCCUACGCCGUCAGCAAGGCCGCGCUCAACAUGAUCUCGGUCGUCGAGAAGACGGCGUUCCCCGAGCAAAAAACAAAGAUCUUUGUCAUGUGCCCCGGCUUCGUCGUCUCGGAGCUGCGCGGCAGCGACGAGGCCUCCCGCUCCGGCUGGGGCGGCGCCGGCGACCCGGCCGUGUCGGGCCAGACGCUGCUCACCCUCAUCGAGGGCAAGCGCGACGCGGACGAGGGCAAGGGGGUUCUGCACAAGGACGGCGUCCACCCUUGGUAGAUGGUGGCCGCUGUUGAGCCUUGCUGUUGAUUGGGGUUGGUGUUGGUUGGGAUAUUCAUCUGUCCUCUAUGGACUGCCUGAACCUUUGUUGGGUAUAUAGCAAGUAGCAUCAAGACGCGUUUUGUUUCCUCAAGUUCCGAGAGCAUAAAUCGCCCUCCUCCCUUCUAGAAGUAGCCCUUCCUCGAAGCAAGCCAUUUCUGCCAGCACUCAGG